GCCACUCACCCCGACGCUCGGCCUCGAUCUCUUUCUCCUUUACACAACCACACAACUUCAUCCCAGCACCUCCUAAAUCUUCCACCCACGUCAAUCAACGCAUUCACCAUCAACAGCCAAUAUAUUCUGCGACGCAAAUUACAGGAUGCCUCACAGCAUUGCGGAACAGGAGGAGCCUACGAUAGAUCUUCCGAUGACAGACAGCGAAUCCGAUGUGGAAGAGAAUGCGCAUAACGAUGUAGAAGAGGAUGCGCAUAGCGAUGUGGAUGAGGAAGAGUUGUGGAGGAAAUGGCUUUCGACGGCGUACGAGCGCGGCUCGAAAAAGCCCAUGAAGGAGCCCCUCACAGCACCUUUGGAUGUGCCGAUCAGCGAUGCAGACGUGGAAAAGCUCAAAGUCGGGGUCAAAUCUCGAAGCAUGGACGACAAAUGGGAUAUAUUGGUUGAGGAUCCAGACGAAAACGGCGGUAUAUCUAUCCAUAUCAUUCGACACUGGGUCCAGGAGGAGUGCUACAUCCUCCACAUUGUUCCCACACCAAGCAACGGUGAUGGCGGGAAUGCAAAGGUCCAAGGCAUCACUUGGGAAGGGAACAAGGCGGGGUUGCAAUGCGAUGCAGAGCAGGCCAAGAAGGAAGCCGUGAUGCUGUGUAGAGGCCACCUCCACUGCGAGUUUGAGGCGCUCCCGCAGUACCCGUCCUCGGUGUUUUGGGAUUCUAGCGCUUAUAAGAGGCUGGAUGCGGAAUAGGUUACCAGGCCUCCCCAGAAGGCCAUCCGGCAAGCGUGGAGGAAUUGUCUCAUGUCAGGGUUGUUUUCCGGUAUCUUUAGAUGAGAUGGUAGUCAAUAUUCUCGGAUAUUCUGUAGCCUGUUAGGGAGGAAGAAUGAAAGGCGCGUCUUUGAUCCAAGGGAGACGCUAGGAGAGACACGGCGAAUUGGGAAAUCUGCCUCGACUAUUUUUUUCUCUCCGGAUGGUCGGCGGUCGCUGUCGGCUUCGAAGGAGAAGGCCAUUGUGAUGUGGGAUAUCCCAGAAUGAUAGCAUCUCGUACGAUCAUCAUAUUUGCCACGCGAUCAUGACUUGAACAUGGGGAUGUAAUUUAUGAUGGGAAAGGCGCAGAAGAUCCAUGAUACUUUCGAGCUUGUAAUACUCGACGUCCA